GGCCUUUAUUACGACGUUGGUAGAUAAUAACGUAUCGCUCAAGCUCAAGGUCGCCCGCAAUCGUUCGCAACAGACGGCGCAUUUAUAGAGACUAAUUUCCGCGCGAAUUCUCAAUGCGAUUGUCAGUUCAAUACUUGCAGCGUUACGUUCUUCAAAAUACGCUAGAUCAUCAACUUUGUCCAACGACGAGACACGUGAGAUUAAAUCGAGAUUAAAUCGACAAAAAGCGUUCCAAAUAGCCACUUGGACGGACCUGAUUGUGUAGUGUUACCGGAAUUAUUUCAUUGGCUGCGAAUAAUUGUUGCAGGAUGAGAGAAUUGUGGAUGAUCAUGGGCAUUUUGGCGGUCGCGGUUGUUUGUUCGCCUGUGGAGGGGAAGAUAUACACAAAUUGUGAGGUGGUGAAAGAGCUGCAACGAGCUAACAUCAAUAGGAGCUUCUUCGCGAAUUGGAUCUGCCUGAUGCGAAGCGAAAGUGGGAUGAAUUCGACGCUAAUGACUGGUCCAAAGACAGCAUCCAGCUUUUCCUUUGGUAUCCUCCAGAUCAACAGCUUAAAGUGGUGCACGAGGGGACGUAAAGGUGGCAAAUGUAACAAACGUUGCGAGGACUUUCUUAAUGAUGAGAUACAAGACGACAUCACGUGCGGGAUAAAGAUCUUCAAUCAGGAUGGAUUUAAAGCAUGGGGUGGAUGGUCGAAGAAGUGCAAAAAUAACCAGAACAAUCUGCCGAACAUCGCAAAUUGCAAACGAAGAAGAAGAAUGGCGGAUCCAAUCGAAGUCCAACAGAUUCCUUGAAGAUUUUCUGGAAGAAUUUUGGAUACACAAAGCUUGAUUUUACUUUAAUUAGGAAAUUAUGCAUAAAAUGAUUAGUUAAAGUUUAUACGUGUAAAUGCGAUUUCAAUAUUAAUUUCCCUCAAUCGAGUUUUGAUCUCGUCAGCCGUAGCACGUCUUCUGCAUUGCAUUGCGCGAACGAAACGUAUGAUGCUUUAUAAAUAUAUAUCUAAUCCGAUUGGAUCUGUGCCAGUUAUGACGUAAAAGUUCACGUGGUCGUACUUGCAUGCGAUUUGGCAGUCGGCGAAAUACAAAAUAGUUUCGAAAUUUUGGUCACUAGAAUCACAAAACCAGACGUGACGAGAUUUUCCCGAUGUCUUCCGGAUUUUAUCUCUUUUUAUAUACGACAUUUUGGAGACUCAUCUCGCAAAUUCGCGCGUCAUAAUAUUCAAAAAUAAAAGAGAUAAACUUUGGAAAACAUCAACUAUAUUUGCCUUUAUAUUUGAACAAAUAGGCCUUUAAGAAUCUUUCUGCAGGAAAGACUAUCUCACUAUAACAAAUAAUUUUGUGGUCAUAAAAAUACUUUAAAGCUGAAUAAUAUAAAUGUUAGAUUAAAUCUUAAAUGAUAGCGUAAUACAAAGUAUCUGAAAAAUAUUAAAAGAGUGCGGAGACAUUUAAAAGAAAAAGCAUGCAUAAUUUUUACAUAUUUUUAGAAU